CACAACAGCUGCAACUAUGGAAAAGGAUUUGUGGAUUCUCUAGAAGAUUGCAUUGGUCAAGACACUGAGCACCAUGAAGUGGCUGAUCUUGGUACUGGCUUAUCUCUACCUGUCCGAGGGGCUGGAGAGGAUCAUUCUGAAGAAAAGGAAAUCCAUUCGGGAGAACAUGAAGGAGAAAGGAGUACUGGAUGAAUUUCUGAGGAAGCACUAUAUUGAUCCUGCAUUGAAAUACCACUUGAAUGAAUACAAUGUUGCUUAUGAACCAAUAACCAAUUACUUGAAUUCCUUCUACUUUGGAGAGAUCAGUAUUGGGACUCCACCCCAGAACUUCCUCAUUGUAAUGGACACUGGCUCCUCCAAUCUCUGGGUACCAUCUGUGUACUGCAAUACAGAAGCUUGUGAAAACCACAACAGGUUCAACCCUAGUACAUCCUCUACAUACUCCAACAAUGGGCAGACCUAUACCCUGUACUAUGGGAGUGGUGACUUGACCGUCAUGCUGGGCUAUGAUACUGUACAGGUCCAGAACAUUAUCAUCCAGAGCCAGGAGUUUGGCCUGAGUGAGGACGAACCCGCCAGCCCCUUCUACUAUGCCAAUUUUGAUGGGAUUUUGGGCAUGGCUUAUCCUGCCCUAGCUGUAGGGGGGUCAUACACUGCCAUGCAGUCAAUGCUGAGACAAGGGCAGCUUUCUGAACCCAUCUUCAGCUUCUAUUUUUCACGCCAGCCAACCGUUCAGUAUGGAGGGGAAUUGAUUUUAGGAGGUGUUGACAAUCAGCUGUUCUCUGGAGAAAUUGCCUGGGCACCUGUCACUCAUGAGGUUUACUGGCAGAUUGGUAUUGAGGAGUUUGCCAUUGGCAACGAGGCUACUGGCUGGUGCAGUGAAGGCUGCCAAGCAAUUGUAGACACUGGCACAUGUCAGCUUACUGUCCCACAGCAGUACAUUGGGACUUUCCUGCAGGCUGUGGGAGCUGAACAAUACAAUGGAGAGUAUGUGGUGAACUGCAACAAUGUCCAGAACAUGCCCACCAUCACCUUUGUCAUUAAUGGAUCCCAGUUUCCACUGCCUCCCUCUGCCUAUGUCUCCAGUAAUAAUGGAUAUUGUUCAGUUGCAAUUGAGCCCACGUACUUGCCUUCCCAGAAUGGGCAACCUCUAUGGAUCCUUGGUGAUGUCUUCCUUAAGGAGUAUUAUUCCGUCUUUGACAUGGCCAACAACAGGGUGGGCUUUGCACCAUCAGCCUAGAUAGAAAAAAAAGUUUAGACAGGGCAAAGGCCAUUUCCUUUCUAGUCUAGUGCUGUUGUUGUCUUGGACUGUAAAGAAUAAUUUUAAAUUAUGUUGGUUAAAACACAUUGCAGUUUCUUAAUUUUCUAUAGACUGUCUGCCUUGGUUUGUAUGUAAUCAGUUCUCUUGAGAUCCAUUGUUACAGAGAAAUAAACUCCAAUUUGUAACUUCCUCUCCAUCAAAAUUGCACUGCCCUCUGGGAGGAGCACAGCAGCUGUUUGGCUGAGAGGACCAUGAAUUAAAUGGGGAGCAAGGUAAAAGGGAAUGACUCUUCUUGUGCACUUCCCUCCCCAUUGCAAGCACUGAGUAAAUACAGACAAAUAAAUGCAUGAGAUAAUCUGAAUUAGAUUACCAAAAUUAUCUUAAGUAAAUAGAUAAGUUUUAAAGACUUUCUUGAAUGCCAGAAUGAAAGGGCCAAACAAAUCUGGAAGAGAGUUUCCCUACUGCAGAGUCAGCACCAAAAGGCCUUGCCUUGUGUGCUCAUUUUUUCACCCAAUAUUUCCAUAAGGUGAACUUGUUGGUAACAACAGAACUGCUUUCAAUGGUCAGUUCUGCUGACCAUCUCGAAGCGAAACCCACAAG